AUGCCGAAUCGUGACAAAUCUCGCCGCUGUCGCCGGGAUAGAAGUGAAAGUCGAGAAAAGGACAACCGAUCUAAAAAACGUAAAGAUAGUGAUAGCCCUCAGGGGGUCAAGUGGAAGUACCCGAUGGAAAGAAUUAAGGACCUGGAAGAAAAGUUACGAUCCAGGGAACGAGGCAAAUCGGCCAGUCCUCCGCAAACCGCUGAUCAAGUGGUUUCGCGAAGACGAAAAAGGGGGCACGCAGAUGUGUCUGACAAACCCCGACAUGAAGAUACUGUCGAUGGCUCACCAAGACCAAGACAUUCGUCAUCUCGGGAGGAGAACAAUGAAAGCAGUCCUGCUGUUAAUCGCCCCCGUGAAAGCCACCAACAAUAUAGCAGUCCUUUAAACUCAAGAAGUCUGCCCAGACCAGCACAGAGGGGGCGUCAGGGCGGACGUCAACACCACUACCCAGAAACAGUCAACAUCAUUCAACAGGAAGAGACAACAGACAACCUCCAAGCCAGUACCGCAACUCCUCAGGGAACCACCAAAAAUUCCAGAAGUACAAAUAGUUGA